AUGUGUUUUCUUCAGAUCCUGUUUUCCCUUCCGGAAGGACUCAUAAAGGAUGUUGAUCCAUGGAACUUACGUCUUUGGAACGUAAGCGCCAGAUCUGUUUUCGAUCAAGUGCAAAUGUUAACCGCUCACAACGAGCUACAACUUCGCAGUUGCGACUUGCUUCUUGGGGACAAUGACACGUUGCAAAUGCUUGCAAAUGAAAAAUUCGACGCGGGAAUCACUGAAAUGCUCGGUGCAUGCGGUUUCGCUAUUUUUUAUAAAGCCGGCAUCAACCACAUGAUUGCUGCGUCAGCUAUGGGUGUGGUGGACUCGAUUGGCGAAUACUAUGAUCUGCCAAAAUUCCCCAGCAUUGCACCAUCAUUUCUUCUACCGUAUAGCGAUCGAAUGAGUUUCCUAGAAAGAACAAUCAACUUCAUCACUAUUGCUUUUGCUGAUUUGGUCUCAUCAGAGAUUGCAAGGAAGUACAAG